AGUACUUCUUGUUGACUCCAGCAGGCAGCGAUACUCCAGUGAAGCCCAGGGAAGAUAGCUGAUAUGCUUCUCGCUCUGAGUGUCGGGCCCUUUCGGAACCGGGUCCGGGCGGUUCGGUCCUGGAGUCGAGAUCUAUCAGCUAUCGCUACUUUCCGCAGCGGCGGAGCCCUCACAUCGAAGGGGUCACUGAUCCAAAGGCGAUGCGGAGGAUUAUUCCAACACAGUUUCCAACUUGCUCGCUUACUUAGCUCAAACAAACCCCCAAGAGGUUUUGAAAAGUUUUUCCCAAAGAGUAAAGAGAGCCCUGGCGUCAACAAAUCAACUGAAGAUGAAAAUACCAAAAAACAAGAAUCUCUUGUAACGGAAGAGCAAGACACAAAUAAUGAUGGGGACGGAAGAAAACAAGGCGGAAAAAAGGAAGAAUCCCACUGGUGGACGCGCUUUCUGGAGGAGUUUCCCUUGCAUCAAAGAUCUUUUCAGUACGUUGCAUUCGGUGCAGCAGGCAUGGUCUCAGCUUUUUUGUACUUUUACUUCCGAGAGACGGGGAUGCAGAUCUCCUGGAAGGACUUUGUGCAGUACUACUUGAACAGAGGCUUGGUCGAUCACCUGGAGGUUGUCAAUAAACAAUAUGUCAAAGUAAUUCCUUUCAAUGGAGUGAACACACCGGAAGUGAGCUUUUUGUGGUUCAACAUUGGCAGUGUUGAGUCCUUUGAGCACAACCUGGAAAUGGCCCAGCAAGAAAUGGGUUUCGACUCACAGAGAGUUCCUGUAUUCUACAGCAGUGAAAACGAUGGGACACUCCUUUUAAACGUUCUCCCAACCUUACUGCUGGUCAGCUUUUUAGUUGUUGCCAUGCGUAGGGGACCAAUGGCAGGAGGUCGUGGGGGUAAAGGGCAAGGAGACCCCUCCAGCAUGAGUAAAUCCAAAGCUAAAAUAAUCACAGACAACAUCAAGGUUCGAUUUAAAGAUGUCGCAGGAUGUGAGGAGGCCAAACUGGAGAUUUUGGAGUUAGUCAACUUCUUGAAGAACCCGCGGCAGUACGACGACCUAGGAGCCAAGAUCCCAAAGGGUGCAAUGUUGGCGGGCCCGCCUGGUACUGGAAAGACCUUGCUAGCUAAGGCCACGGCAGGAGAGGCCAACGUCCCCUUCAUCACUGUCAACGGUUCCGAGUUCCAGGAAAUGUUUGUUGGCGUGGGUCCAGCGAGGAUAAGGGACACGUUUGCCACAGCUCGAAAACACGCUCCAUGCAUCCUCUUUAUUGAUGAGAUUGAUGCAAUUGGCAGAAAGAGAGGCAGAGGGAACUUUGGCAACAACAGCGAGCAGGAAAACACCCUCAACCAGUUGCUUGUGGAAAUGGACGGGUUCAACAGUUGUACUAAUGUGAUAGUUUUAGCUGGCACCAAUCGAGUGGAUAUUCUGGAUCCAGCUUUGAUGAGGCCGGGACGCUUCGACCGACAUAUAUACUUAGGACUACCAGAUAUUAAAGGCAGAGCAUCCAUCUUUAAGGUGCAUUUAAGACCUCUGAAGUUGGACACCAAUAUAGAAGUACAGGCUUUGGCCAGGAAGCUAGCUGCACUAACUCCAGGUUUUACUGGGGCUGAUAUUGCUAAUGUGUGCAAUGAAGCAGCACUAAUAGCUGCACGCCACCUCAGCCAACAUGUCAACACCAAGCACUUUGAGCAGGCAGUCGAUAGAGUUAUUGGAGGUCUGGAAAAAAAGACUCGGGUAAUGCAGCUUCCAGAAAAGACAACUGUGGCGUAUCACGAGGCCGGACAUGCUGUGGCCGGCUGGUUUCUCGAACAUGCAGACCCCCUUCUUAAGGUCUCCAUUGUUCCCAGAGGAAAAGGUUUGGGUUAUGUGCAAUAUCUGCCUAAGGAACAGUACCUGUUCAACCGUGAGCAGCUGUUUGACAGGAUGUGCAUGAUGCUGGGGGGUCGAGUGGCAGAGCAGGUUUUCUUUCGGCGAAUCACCACCGGAGCGGAGGAUGACCUCAGGAAGGUCACCCAGUCUGCAUAUGCACAGGUUGUACAGUUUGGAAUGAAUGAUGCGAUGGGUCAGAUGUCCUUUGACCUCCCUCAGCAGGGUGACAUGGUAACGGAGAAGCCCUACAGUGAAACUACAGCCCAGCUCAUAGAUCAGGAGGUCCGCUUGCUCAUAGAUUCUGCCUUCCAGCGAACACUUCAGCUCGUUACGGACAAGAGAGAUAUGGUGGACAAGGUGGCAAAACGUCUGCUAGAAAAGGAGAUGCUAGACAAAGCAGACAUGGUGGAGCUGCUGGGAACUCGUCCCUUUCAAGAGAAGUCAACAUAUGAGGAGUUUGUUGAUGUGCUGGGGAAAUUAGAGGACAACUCUAUAUCCCAAGAGCCAGAAGGAGUACUGAGGGUGGGAAAAACACUUCCAGAAUGAGCAAAACAAAUCAGACCUUUUCCUCUAGCUGGACACACGCCUCAAGGAAAAUAUUUUAGCUGAAUUAAGUUAAAUAUUUCCGAAGUUUUUCACCAUUUGGUCCAGAGUUUCGGGGCUCUGAAAAAAAUCCCUGGUUCUCACAGCAGCAAAGUGAGAUACGAUGUGUGUUGCACUGGUCUUAAAUGGCCUCAAUAAUGCAAUUUGAAUUGUGGUCUUUAUAUUCCGGGGGGAAUUACAUAAAAUACUCAUCAUGUUAUUCUUAGUUCAGUCUGUAAGCCACAGUUCUGUGAGGAGCUGUUUGUCGCUUACAUUUCCCUGGGGUUGCCUUCCUCUCACACUGAGAUGCAGUUACUUCCACUUACAAAACUGAAACCAAAUGAGAUUUGUAACAUUGAGAAUUCAUUGACAUUGUGUGUUGUGUACAUGAAUUGUGGUUUGUAUUUGUCAGUUACACACGUUGCUGGUAUCAUUAUAUGAUGGUAUCAAAGGUAAAAUGGUAUUCUACAGCUCUAUGCCUUCAUCGGACCCCAAUUUUGUUAAUAUGACAAGAAUGGUUCCUUUUCCGGCUGCCACUUUAUUAUAAUGGAUAUAUGGAUAAAUAUCUAAAACGUGUUGUCCCUGAGUGUAGAGGCCAGGUUUUCUUAAGAUUUCAAAAGUACUUUGAUUGUUCUUCUGAAAGUUUUAAAUAUGUCUUCACACGGUUCUAUAAUGAAGACAUCUUUAAAUAUCUGUGAAGUUGUGUCUCAAUUUAAAUACAUUUGUAUCACCAUGAAAGUCUUCCAGCAGACGUCAGCCUUUCGCAACCUGGUUCUCAUUCAGUUAUCAGGAGAUGCAGCUGUUAGAACUCAGUGUUGCACAUAUGAUACUACAUAUGUCAUUGGAUCGCAUCUACUGUAGACAUCCAUUACUUGGAUUGAUGAUUACUUAAGAACUGGGAACAAGCAGAGGAAGAAUUAAGUACUAUAUGAGCUACAAAAUGGCAUUUCACACACUCUUUUUCCGGUUAACUAACAUUUCUUGUAAAUAAACACAAAGGAGAAAGGGCUCAAAUUCCAGAGAUGAAUAUUUGACUUGAAUAUUGUCCCUGAUGACCCAAGCAAGCUAAGCUAAAUAACUUCAUGUGGCCUAGAUGGUUGGUUACACACUGUUAUUGUAAUGUGAAUUGUGUCUUCUUCUUUUAGCCAGUUGCUCUUGAGCUGAGUUAACCAGCUCAAAUAUAAAAACAUACUUGAACUAAAUGCCUUGCAAUAUCGGCCCCUUUUCAAAACGUUUUUUAUCAGGUUUUCCAAUAGAUAGUGAAAAGACGUUUGGUUAAAGGACCAGCUUGACACUGGAACAUGUCUUGUUCUCUGGUUGUAUGUCAGUGUUAGUGAAAAAUAUUGCUUGACAAUGCACUGUUCUUGUUCUUGCUUGAUGAAUAUAUCUUGUCAGUGAGGAUUAUUGAUUUUUUGGAAAGGAAUGUGAGGCUGCUGUGGCUCACACCAACAUUAAACAACUUGUAUACGCCU